GAUAAGAAGAUACAGAAAAGCCUCUCACAGAAAGAGAAGAGAAGCAGAGAGAGAGAGAGAGAGAGAGAGAGAGAAUGGGACAGGAGGAGGCGGAGGAGGAUACAUCAACAGUUUCCAGUGGAAGAGACGAAGAAGAAGAGGCAUGGAACCUCAGGAAGCAAACCCUAAUCCUCCAACUUUCAGAUAGCCUCAUCAACGGAGAUCUCCAAACCCAAAUUCAAGCUGCCAGGGAUAUUAGAAAGCUCGUCAGAAAAUCUUCCGCUAAGACUCGCUCCAAAUUCGCCGCUGCAGGUGUCAUUCAGCCCCUCGUUUUCAUGCUUCUCUCUUCUAACCUCGACGCCCGUCAAGCCUCUCUUCUCGCUCUCCUCAAUCUCGCCGUUAGAAAUCAACGAAACAAGGUCAAGAUAGUGACAGCUGGUGCCAUUCCCCCACUUGUGGAGUUGCUCAAGUUCCAGAAUAGUAGUUUAAGGGAGUUAGCCGCUGCUGCAAUUUUAACGUUAUCAGCUGCUGAACCUAACAAGCCAACCAUUGCAGCUUCAGGAGCUGCACCUCUUCUGGUUCAGAUUCUGAACUCUGGCACUGUUCAAGGAAAAGUUGAUGCUGUGACAGCUUUACACAACCUCUCAUCCUGCACUAAGAAUUCUCUUCCAAUUGUGGAUGCUAAAGCAGUUUCCCCUCUCAUUAAACUCCUUAAAGAAUGCAAGAAAUAUUCAAAGUUUGCUGAGAAAGCAACAGCUCUACUUGAACUUGUUUCCAACUCUGAAGAAGGGCGAAUUGCAAUCACUGACACAGAUGGUGGGAUUUUAACUCUAGUGGAGACAGUUGAAGAUGGAUCACUUGUUAGCAUGGAACAUGCAGUUGGAACUUUGCUCUCUUUGUGCCAGAGCAACCGAGAUAAGUACAGGGAACUCAUUCUUAAAGAAGGCGCAAUUCCAGGGCUUCUGCGACUAACUGUGGAGGGAACCUCUGAAGCUCAAGAAAAAGCUCGAAUGCUCUUAGCCUUGCUCAGAGAUACCCCCGAGGAAAAGAAAUUAGCAUCCUCAGUAUUGAAGAGAAUUGUUUAUGACAGUGCUGCACAAGAUGAUGGCUCUGAUAAAGCAGCUGAAACUGCCAAGAGGCUGCUACAGGACAUGGUUCAUAGAAGUAUGGAGCUCAGCCUUGACCGAAUCCAGCAUAGCGCUGCAUGUUUUACACCUUCUGAAAUUUCAACCAUAUGACAUGUCCUGUUGACUUGAAGAGAACAUUUACAGGUAACCCGGGUUAGAGUUUUAAUCUGAAUCUUUGUUUUGUUUGGCCAGUUAAAACUCUCUUUCCCAUUUCUGUGUCAUCAUCAAACAGAGAUGAAUGAACAUACUAAUAUACUGAAGUAGAUUUCACUAAAAUCUGCUCUUUUGAGGUGAUAUAUUAAUUGUGACCUCAACAGUGUGUUGUAAAUCCGUCAUGAUCAUGCAUAUAUAUGAAAAAUCAAGUCCCUUUACUCGGAAAA